AUGAAAUUUUUUCCGUACCCGGCUGUUCAGCCUGUUCAACAGUCUGUGAAGAUCCUUGCCCAUGAUCAUGAUACCCUGAACACACCGAUACAGUUCUAUCUGCAAGAAACUAUUCCUUCAGGCUUCAAUAAUUAUUUUGCUGUGACGACUGGAAUAGAAAUGAAUGGAAUAUACUCAGCCACGGUACAACAGACCCAGACUCUCAACAGACUCUCCACUACAUCUUUACAGAUUAUUAUCAGGGCUGAAGAGCAGUCUGACAGACGUCGAUACGAGCGCGCACUGAUCACUGUUACUGUGAACGCAGCAAACAUCUUCCCGCCAACUGUGAGGUCAUCAACCAACAGCUUCACUGGCUACAUCCCGGAAAACUCGCCACGGGGAACUCUCGUUUUAGAUCAGCAGGGAACACGCUUUCUGAAGCUGAUAGUUACUGACGGAGAUGUCCUUGCCAGUGAUCCGAGUCAGACUUACAGUUAUACCGUCACCGACACAGCCAUCUUCUCCGUCACACAGGAAGGAUACAUCGCUUUGGCAACGGAAAACCUCGACUAUGAAGUAACUCAGCGGGUUGUGUUUCAGUUGAUUACCUCGGAAUCCAGCACCGCGGAAAGACGCUCGACCACCACGACUCUGACAGUUGAAGUGAUUGACAGAAAUGAUUUCUCGCCAACGUUUCCCGCCACAACGUAUGUGAUGACGGUACCCGAGGCUGACUACUCGCGGUCUCCAGUCACAGUUGUCACAGUCCAGGCUACAGAUGCCGACAGUGGAGACAAUGGCAUUGUGACUUACGAGAUAUCUGCCGUCAGUAACAAUGGUGAAGGGAAGUUUGCUGUGGAUGCGAACUCGGGCAGUCUGCAGGUGGUGGGUCAGGUGUUGCGAGACGAGCUGUACACGAUCACGAUCCAGGCCACAGACAAGGCUGAACCGGGUCAGAGGAGAGCCUCGCAGACUGCAGUGCUGGUCAACGUGACGCGGGUCGGAAACCUCGGACCGGCCAUUCCGGCCAGCACAUACUCAAUAACUGUCAGCGAAGGGGUCACCAUCGGAGCGUCUGUGUUCGCAACUCCGGCCACUGACCCCGAUAAUGAUGUUCUUUCUUACCAAAUUAUUAGUGGAAACAACAAUCAAGAUUUCGUCAUUGGACGUAAUACUGGUUUGGUGUCAACUCGGAACAGACUGGACCGUGAAAGUCGCCCAUCCUAUUCACUGCUGUUACACGUAGCUGACACUAGUCAUCGGACUGCAACAACAACACUGAGUAUAAAAAUAUCUGAUAUCAAUGAUCAAAACCCCUCCUUCAUAAACCCGCCAUACAUCUUCAGUGUGCUCGAAAAUGAGCUUGGUGCUCUUGUUGGUCAAGUCAUGGCUACAGAUGCUGAUGAACCGAAUACGGCAAAUUCUCAAAUUGCUUACAGAAACUUCUUAGAUUCAAGCAGUUUUAUAGUAAAUUCUGAGUCAGGCCAGAUCACCACUAUAGAGCCGUUGGACUGGGAAACAAAGAGAGUCUACUUGCUGUUGGUGGUGGCACGUGACGCGGCCUUCGACAGUCGUAGUAGCACGGCAACCGUUACCAUCAACGUGGUCGACAGACCCGACAGUAUUCCAGUAUUUGUUGAGACAAACUAUGAAGCAUCGGUCCCAGAGAAUGAAAACAAUGGUCUAGUUACUACAGUCACAGCUACAGAUGCUGAUUCUAUACCAGAUAUAACCUACCAGUUGCUGGGGCCAGCUUCAACCGACUUCACCAUUUCUGAAUCGGGUGAGAUUCGUGUGAAAAAUGUGUUGAAUUACGAAGUGACCAGCUUCUACGAGUUCUAUGUUACCACCGCUGAUGGACGGAACUCUCAAGAACCAUCAUCCACGGCCACUGUCAGAGUCACAGUACUGAAUCCGCCUGCUAAAGGCCGAAUCGUCAUCCUUCAGCAACUUCCAUUCGGCCGCGGCAGGUUCCUGAACCUCGCCCGCCUUCUUGGUUGGGAUCUCAAUGAUUUUGCUCCAGUACUGACAUUGGCGUCAAAUUCUAUCACGAUGCAAGAGAUAGCUCAAGUGGGAGAACACAUCAUCACUGCAACAGCUGUAGACAACGAUCCACAAAAUACACCUAACAGCCGAAUUGCCUUCAGUAUUGCUGACAUUACCCCGGCAUCUGGAAGUAGCUUGUUUUACAUCAAUCCAAACGAUGGCCGCCUAUAUCUGGGACAGCCAUUCCGCUCAGACAUCUCUAACAGCAACAGUUACCAGGUUACCAUUCGCGCCACAGACUUUGGCAGCCCCACCCAGUCUGGAACCACUAUACUGACAGUGAACGUGUUACGAAACUCACACAAACCUGUGUUUACGGCAGGGUCUUACGAAACCUCGAUUGUCCAGACACUGAGUGUGGGAGCCAGUGUGUUAUCUGUGAAGGCCACAGAUUUGGAUACAGAGACUCCUUACAAUGUCGUUACGUAUUCUGUUCUGGAUGACAGCUCUUCGAGUCAGUUGUUUGGACUCCCUAACAGCAAUGAUGGGUUGAUUGUACUGAAGAAUACACUGACGCGAGAUUCAGCACUUACCUAUGUGGUACGUAACAACUACUCAUAUUGUUUAAUGUUUUUGUUUGAAUAUCAAGAUGUCUGUAACAAUCAGUAA